AUGCCAACGGCUAUUGUUCACUUUGUAAAUGAGAUGGUAAUUUUUGUUUAUUUCAUAAUUUCAUAAAACUUUUCUUAAGUCGUCAAUACCAUCGGUUGCUGUAGCAGCUGGACCGGCUUUGUUGAUCUACAAAAAUUUGAAACCAUUCUAUAAGGUUUCACUGCGCUUACUUGUGCCAAUAGUUAGUUUUUGUUUCAGUUUACUGUACCCAGCUCACCGAUCAAUUCGACAGAACAAGAUGCAUGGAGCGCAGUCUCCAAAAAAAAAAUCAGUCUCGAAACGCUUGCUACCGUUUUGCAGAAGUUGUCAGAAGAUCUAUCCUUUUCAAAGUUAGCACCAAUGUCUCAAACUUUUCUCAUCGCCAAGCCCGAUGAUAGAUCAUCAAUAAUCGAAAGAUGUGGAUCCAAAAUUACAAAUUCCGUGAGUCUUUUUAAACUUAUAAAAUAGUGUGAACCAUUCUUCAGGGCACUAUAACAUGUGUAACAAAGAUGGUCAAAUCAGGAGCAGAACCACUUGAUGUACUUGUCUUGGGCACUGAACAUUGUCAUCUAUACAUGGUAGAUAGUCAGGCCUUCACUGUUUUGAGUUCUGUUGAACUUCAAUCUGUUCCCGUUUCCAUAUGUACUUAUGGUAGGCGAAUCGGAAUAGAAACUGCAUGAUGUGAUAAUUGUGAUUCAAUUUGAAGGUUACUUUGAUGUUGAUUAUCGAGUUUUCGUGCAAACAAGAGAUUCUUUGAUAUACUGUGUGAAAAGAAAUGAAUCCGAAAACAAAGUUAUUAUUAUUUCCCAGAGUAUGAUAACUUCAAUGACGUUGUUAAACAAAAUGGUAUACAGAGUAACUUUUGAAAUUUGUUGUAUCACGUCAAUCCAUUUUGUAGAUUGUAUUCUCCACUGCUGAGGACACAAUAAGUUUUCAUAACUUUAGAGGAAAAAAACUUAACACUGUGAAGUGUACGUCUAAAGUAGGGUGAAUUCAUUCAAAAUGUACUAUUAUAUUUGCAAUACUAAAUCAGAUCAAAAUGUUGGAGUCAUUUUACUACGCACAGAAACAACUUUCCGCCGUUAUCGCAGUGUUCGAAAAGGAAAUUAGAAUGUACAAUGAAAGUUAUCUACUCGAUGUUUUGAAGUUCGAGAAAGCAGUAUCAUGGGUGAAAUAUGGCUGCUACGGUAGAGAGGACAGUACUUUACUGAUAUGUUUCAAAGGUUGUGAGUAUCAUAAUAAUGUUGUAAUCAACGGUUUUGCAGAUGGUACAAUCGCCAUCCAGAUAUUCCGAAGACAUGCCAAUUUCAAGGAGCGGAUGGAUUACAAUGAGCAUCGUCCAGCACAUGCAUUGAAAUUACAGAUACCAAAGAAAACUAAAAUAUUCAUCGACCAGACAUCCCGCGAGCUCGAGUUUGCUAAUAAGAUACAUACGGUGAGCCAUGAGGGAUAUUGCAUAGAAUAUUAUUUGAGUUGGUAGGCGUACCAGAAAGACCUUUUCAAUUUACGCUUCAAAAUUGCGGAAGUUUAUCAACAGCUGACAGCAAGUGCAUCUGCUACCGUUUCCACGACGUCUUCGCUCCCAGUAGAAAUCGCUGUGGACAUUCAUGGUUUCGGUCCGAAUUUUCGAAUGGGCGUACACCUGCUCUCUUCUAGGUAUCCAACACGAACUUUUUAUUAUAAGACGAAGUCUACAGCAGGAACAAUUUAUAUAACUUGCAUCUAUCUAUUAUAUCCUAUCCAGAAUUAUAUGAGUUCGACACUCCGCUCAUACCGAUCUGCUUGCUGUCUUCUGGUCAGACUUACUCUUUCACUACAAUGGUUUUAUGCAAAGAUCCCGAAAAAGUUUGACGUUUUCUUUUUUCUUCGUUUUUUGAAAUUUCAAACUUAUCAGGCGGCACAAUGCGAAAUACGAGCUGUACUCGUGCAAGCUGAGCAAGGGUCACCAAUCGUGACAGCAAUUAUAAAAAUGCCGUUCAGUGAAUUUCCAUUGCUUUGAUCAAAAUCGACUUUCCAUAUACAUACCCACUCUUAAAUUAAUGCUCUUGUCUCGUCAGUGUUUUGCUACAUCUCUGAAUUGAAUUUGACGUAAACUCAAUUCAUCGCUAUUGCCCCUCGGGAACAUGAAUGCCCUACUUUGAACUUCACUUUGAAAAAUAUUACUUUUUUCGUGCACGACACCUUUGACAAUACUCGACAAAUUCUCCGACGUACGGAGAAAUUCCCCGAAAAAAGUCGGAGAUCCGCUCUGUCCGUCUGUUUCUCUUACAGUCUGUCUAUAUAACUACUAAAACUCAACUAAUAAACAAAUUGGCUACAUUUUGGCGGAAAAUUGAUGCAAACAUCGUGCCAUUGGUGGUGACAAUCUGCCCAUUCUCUUCUCCUUAUCAAUUUUGUUCCGUCCGAUAAUAAAAUUGUGAUUUUCUCAUUCCUUGUUCUGUGUUUAUCAUGUUGACGGUAACAAGAACUGGUGAAGCCAAAAACGUGGCUUUAAUUACUCUAACUAGAACGAAUGCUCUAAAUGCACUUUGUCGUGAUCUGAUGACAGAACUGUCCAACGAACUUAUGAAGAUAGAUGAAGACCCAUCGCUCAGUGUCAUAGUCUUGACUGGUAGUGAAAGAGCAUUUGCAGCCGGCGCAGAUAUCAAAGAGAUGGCCAAACUGGAAUUCCCUGAUGUCUUUCAAAAAAGGUUUUUUCACUCUCCUCACGCAAACACUCGUGAACAUGCUUUCAACUUCCCGCCCGUAUUUUGUCGCUUCUGUAUCGACUCAGUUGCGUGCUGAAGAGGAACGUUUUGGAGCGAUAAAAACGGGCCCGAGCAUGUUCACAAAUGUUUGCCGUGCUCCUGUUUGCCGUGCUCCUGCUCCUAGAGUAAUCAUGUCUUCCAUUUCAGCUUUUUUGCCAACUGGGAUGCCCUGUCUCGUGUUUCUAAACCGACCAUUGCUGCUGUAAAUGGGUUUGCUUUAGGUGGAGGCACUGAACUGGCGUUGAUGUGCGACAUCGUCUACGCCGGAGAAAAUGCGGUAUUCGGACAACCAGAGGUCAAUAUUGGGACGAUACCCGGGCUAGGUGGAACUCAGAGAUGGCCUCGUUUCGUUAGCAAGUCGCUUGCUAUGGAGGUACACAACAAGCUUGCAGAAAAAUGAAAAAUAUUAUUCAUAUCUAAAUGUCUCUGGAAACUGUACAAUUAAGAACGUCGGUCCUUUAAUUUUUCGCGAACUGUUUUGCAGGGUUUUCCAGAUGUCGUGACGUUUUCAUAGAAGAAGACUUUUCUGAACAUUUUUUGAAGAUUUUCAAAGUGUUCUGGAUAGGCUGGUCGAACAGGCGAUUUCAGGCGCCUGCGCCCGUUUUUUCAGGCGCCUGUUUUCUCAACGCAGGGACGCGGCGGCCCGUUGAAAAAACAGGCGCCUGUUCGACCAGCCUAGUUCUGGAAUUGAAUUUAUACAGUUCAAAGUUUUCUUUCACAAUAAAAAUUCCAACUUGUAAGAAAUGCUCCUUACCGAGUGCGGAGGUACAUGCUAAUAGAAUUAGGCGGAAUAGAACUGAUACAAAAUAAAAUAGAAUUGUGUUAUUAGCAUCAUCACAGGACUUUUGAAACCGGGCAUUAUAAUUAGAUUGAAAAAACACACUAGAUUCAAACUUUAUCUAUUUGGAGACAACGUCGCCUGGUUAUAUUCAGAAAUCUAACUAGAUUGAUAAAAGGGCCGGUUGGAAACUUGAGUAGAAUUAGCUGGCACGGCGAAAAUUUUUGGACAUGCUUGCGCCCGUUUUUAUUGCUCCGUAUCGCAAGCCGUACCCUGUUAACACGUAUUAUAGGGGCACAUCACAGAAAUGGCGCUCUAUUGAGAAACUCUUUUUGCAGUGCAAAUUGAGCGACCUCGGGGCCGAGUUUGAAAAGUUAGGCCACAUUUUCAGUGGAAUUUUACUUUGCGGCCUAGAAAUUCGGCCAGAUUGCAAACAGCGCGCCCUUUCUGUCCGGUGACCCUAUAAUAAAUUAGCCGAUAUUUCGGCUAAUACGCAGCGACAAAAUACGGGCGGGAAAUUCAAACCAUGUUCAAAAAUGUUCGCUGUGGCGGACCUAGGCUCAAAAGUCUUGUACUUAUAUAAUUGCAGAUCUGCCUCACCGGUGAUCGUAUGAACGCUGAUGAAGCCCAGAGGGCUGGUUUGAUAAGCAAAAUUUUCCCAGUUAGCCAGCUUGUCCAAGAAGCUGUCCGUCUUGCCGACCGGAUUGCGAGAAACUCUCCUUUGAUUGUUGGACUGAUCAAGGUUAAGUCUUUUUGGGAACAUGCAACGAUUCUUUCAGACCAACAACUUAAGGCAGAGUUCAUGUAACUCGUCAAUUCCUUGUUCACUAGCCGCGGCGACCUGUCGAAAGUAUUUCCGAUCGUGCUGAAAUUUUUUGUGUGUAUACCCUAUGGAUCUCUAAUCACAAAAUCCGCAUUAGGGGUGGCCAGGCUCAUCGCGGCUUCGAGUCGGUUUGCGGAGGCCACUCGGAGCCGCAAUAUCCUCGGUAAAACUUCGCAACUUCUACGCUAAAGUAGGAACCAUCGCAAAGUUUCCACAAACCUUAAAACCUCCGCAACUUUUGCGCAAACAUUUCGCAAACUUCACGCUAAUCUUACGCAACUUUGAAAAAGAAGUUGCGUAAGGUUUGCGCUGAAGUUGCGGAGUUUUAUCGAGAUUAUUCCCUUCUAAAAACUUUACCGUGCGUGUUUUUAAUUUUUACACUAAGUCGCAUAAAAUCAAUUCAAAGUUUAUGUUCCGAACCGACCGAGAUAGGUCAGGCCAGACGAAUUUUCGGCCCGGAAUCUUGCAAGUCUGCAAAGGUUGAUUUUUCUUUUAAUAGUUGAAACUUCAUUCAGAAAUCAAUCAACGGAGCAUAUGAAACGUCUCUGAAACAAGGUCUCAACCUGGAGAGUCAGCUUUUCCAAUCAACAUUCGCAACGGUAUGUCCAAUUUGUUAGUGUCGGUUGUUUUAGUCUACUCUUAUUCAAGAACGACAGACGUGAAGGAAUGUCUGCGUUCGUUGAGAAACGACUACCGAAAUGGAGCGCAAGCUGA